CUUACCUGUCAAAUAACAUUCUAAUAAUCUGAAAUUUAUCUAAAAAGUCCCCAAAAUCUCAACAACUCGAAAUCUGAUUUCUCAAUUCUCGCUUCACCGUCUCUCAAGAACUCGCCACCACUCUGCAGUAAUACGAUGUGUGAAUCAAUUGGUGUUCUUGAUACAAUUUGCAAUCUGUUCUUGCUCAAGUUUCGCUUGAAAUUUCAGAACCAUGUGAAGCUAUGUAAGUAUGAGCUGUUGGGUGAAGAUGGAUCAUCAAAUUGGAUAUGGUGUUGAAGUGACUGGGUUAUCUCCCUUUGUUACUGAGAAAGAUUUUAUUGAUUUCUUCUCUUUCUCUGGUACAAUCGAAUAUAUUGAUAUUGUCAGGUCGGGUGAGCAAGCUUGCACUGCUUAUGUGAUGUUCAGGGAUUCUUAUUCCCAAGAACCUGCUGUUUUACUCAGUGGCACAACGAUAUUAGAUCAGCGUGUUUGCAUUACUCGUUGGGGACAACAUCACAAAGAGUUCGAUUUCUGGAAUGCGACUCCACAGGGUUUUGAAGAUGAAUCAUACUCAAAUCCUCAUGCUCAACGAGGCGAGUUCAACGUUGGAGAAGCAGUGACUAAAGCUCAAGAAGUGGUGAAAACAAUGCUUGCCACAAGAUUCGUGCUAGGCAAAGACGAUUUAAGCAAAGCUAAAACCUUUGACGAAUCCCAAGGUGUAUCAGCUGCGGCGAUGGCUAGAGUUUCCCAAUUAGAGCAGAGGAUUGGUCUCACUGACAAAAUCUUUACCGGACUUGAAGCUGUAAGAAUGACCGACCAAAGAUUGUUUUGGGAGGCGGUUAGGACCACAUCUUCGUUACUCGGUUUAUCCUUUUAUUUCUCCAAGUCUGUUCUGAAGUUGGAUCGGAGUUCCUGAGGGUCACCAAAUCUUUGUUCUUUUUGUCGCAUAUACCUCAUCGGAAAAUUUAUCCAUGGCCGACGCAACCGAGUAGCUCCCGCAGCUCAAAUCCGCCGUUGAUGGACUUACUGAGAUGAGGUUUUGUGUUGUCGAUUCUGGAUCUUCAUUGUUUAGACUGUGAUUUGUUUCCUUUUUGUUUCAGUGCGAAUGAGAAAAGUGGAUUCAUCAACCUCGUGUCACGUUACCUCAGGUUCGUCCUUCAAUCGCCUGCUUCCGUAUUUUGUAUCUUUGUAUGUUAUCUUCAAGGAAUUUAUGAUUUAAUAUAUGUUAAGAAAUACUAUUUAAAACCUACUUUGAUAUGAUUAGUUUGCUUUCCUUUGCAGGACUGGAUAAGUCUGUGAGUUAACUUAAAACGUUUUUUUCUGAUUUAAAACUAUUCCAUGCAUGAGCUUUUAUAGGUGAUCUUUUAUUGUUCUUGUCUCAUGCAGGGUAAGCAUAGGUUAAUUCCUUAUGUUCCAAUGUUAGUGCCGCCAAGGAGAUGGAAAGUAUAUGCUUUCAAACCUCUUUUUUCUUUGGUUCUUAAUACUUACGAUUCAUACUUUUUAAUUGAGAACCUCAUGCUCACACAUUGUUUUAUAUAGACAUGUGUUUGUAGCACUUAUGUGUACAAGUACUGCGACAUUUUCUUCAGAUAUGACAAGUGUGGUUACUUCUUUUUACUUACUA